AAUUUCUCCUUGGGCUCCUACCUCUCCUCCGCCCUCACGUCAGUCGGGAAACCCAUGGACUACAAGUACCGGAGGGCCUCGUGUACUUAGCCCCGACUGCACGUGCGCGCGCAGCUGCCCGCCGGAAGGACGGAGACUGGCAGUGUUUAUCUCGUUGGCGACCGAAGUGUCGGUUGGCACGCAACGGGUUCUAGGCUGUAGGCAGCGCGAAGACUCGCGGCCCCGCCCCGGCCCGGCCUGGCAGGUAGCAGAGGCAGCAGGCCGUGCCGGGGGGGCAUGUUGCUGUAACCAGUGGCCCAGGGGAUGUUACGGUGGACAGUGCACCUGGAGGGCGGGCCCCGCAGGGUGAACCAUGCUGCAGUGGCUGUUGGGCACCGGGUAUACUCCUUCGGGGGUUACUGCUCUGGUGAAGACUAUGAGACACUGCGCCAGAUAGAUGUGCACAUUUUCAAUGCAGUGUCCUUGCGUUGGACAAAGCUGCCCCCAGUGAGGCCUGCCAUUCGUGGGCAGACUCCUUUGGUACCCUACAUGCGGUAUGGACACUCAACCGUCCUCAUCGACGACACAGUCUUCCUUUGGGGCGGGCGGAAUGACACCGAAGGGGCCUGCAAUGUGCUCUAUGCCUUUGACGUCAAUACUCACAAGUGGUCCACACCCCGAGUGUCAGGAACAGUUCCUGGGGCCCGGGAUGGACAUUCCGCUUGUGUCCUGGGCAAGAUCAUGUACAUUUUUGGGGGCUAUGAGCAACUGGCAGACUGCUUUUCCAAUGACAUUCACAAGCUGGAUACCAGCACCAUGACAUGGACCCUUAUCUGUACGAAGGGCAAUCCGGCACGCUGGAGGGACUUCCACUCAGCCACAAUGCUGGGCAGUUACAUGUAUGUCUUUGGGGGCCGUGCUGACCGCUUUGGGCCAUUCCAUUCUAACAAUGAGAUUUACUGCAACCGCAUUCGCGUCUUUGACACCAGAACUGAGGCCUGGCUGGACUGUCCUCCCACUCCAGUGCUGCCCGAGGGGCGCCGAAGCCACUCAGCCUUUGGUUACAACGGGGAACUGUACAUCUUUGGUGGCUAUAAUGCGAGGCUGAACCGGCACUUCCAUGACCUCUGGAAGUUUAACCCUGUGUCCUUUACCUGGAAAAAGAUUGAACCGAAGGGGAAGGGGCCAUGUCCCCGCCGGCGCCAGUGCUGCUGUAUUGUUGGUGACAAGAUUGUCCUCUUUGGGGGUACCAGUCCAUCUCCCGAGGAAGGCCUGGGAGAUGAAUUUGACCUCAUAGAUCAUUCUGACUUACACAUUUUGGACUUUAGCCCUAGUCUGAAGACUCUGUGCAAACUGGCCGUGAUUCAGUAUAACCUGGACCAGUCCUGUUUGCCCCAUGAUAUCAGGUGGGAGCUGAAUGCCAUGACCACCAACAGCAAUAUCAGUCGCCCCAUCGUCUCCUCCCAUGGGUAGGAGCAAAUUUCUGCUACUUCCCCUCCUGAGCCUGCUGUUGUCUUCACUGUCCCUGCCCAUCUCUCACCUGCCUGCCCCUUUGGACCCUGAACUCCGUAUACCUCCACGUGGAGUUGUUGGACUAGAGGUGUUUUCUGUGCUGUGAAUUCAGUGGGGAGCUGUAGGGAGGGAGGGUGAGGUUCCUCCCCCCCUUGGGCCGAGGGCCCCUUCCCCUUGGUGCUCUGUCCCGAUCCACCUCCUUCCGACUGCUCCUGGGCCUCUGUUCUGCCCCAGGCCAGCCAGGCUCUGCUGGGAAGGGAAGCGAAUGGGGAGAAGGGAGAAGCAAGCAGUGUCUGAGCCUCAGGAGCUUCCCCCUACUCCUAAGCCCACCCCUCCCCCUGCUUGAGCCAUGAGCCUUGGCUGGGAGCUGAGAGGAGUUGCAGCUGUUGGCGUGAAACCUCCUUCUCCCCGAGUGGGGAGGCGGGGACCAGCAGGUAAUCCCGCCCUUCCCUGAGCUGUUGCUGUACCCUGAAGCUCAGCCAGCUCAGAUUUUAUAAAAAUGAAUUAAAACGUCCAAA